UUAUAAUAAACGUACCGUAUCGUUUCAGAGUUAUUAUAAAAUUAAAAUUGUGUUUACCUUUUAGCUGCAGUGGUGUUUUUAAAUAUGUCGUAUAAAAGAAAUUUUACCAGAAUUUUACUAGUAGUUUUGUUUUUUGUUUUGACAAUAGUUACAGUCAUUAACGCAAAACCCGGUGGAAAACCACCAAAGACACAUAAACCGCCAGCAGUUACACAAACAAGAUCCGUCGAAGAGGAUACGGUAAAUGCAACUCCUGCGGCCGUUUGUUUUGGUGGAACGGUUAUGUGGUGUUGUUGUCCUUGCUUUUCUUUUAUCUGGUUAGCUAGAAGACUGUAUGGUAUUCAAGAAGAAUAUAUCUAUAAAACAAUGUGUUGUGGUGAUGACUAGAUUGAAGAUUACUAGAUUAUAAAGAAGUUUCCGUAGGUGUCAUAAUAAUAUCCAGUUUCUUUCGAAUCCAACUAAAUAAUUUGUCAAAUGUAGUGUACACAUUUUUUUCAAAACCAAAAUUAUAUAUUUUUAAUAAAU